UUUAAUCGCCUAACAUGGUGAGAAAAAUCAAGCCAAAUACCUCCCUACAACCAGCAAGCAGAGCAAAUACUACAUCCUUAAUUAACACUGUUAAAAAGCAUAAAAUGGCUUUCUGUUUCUCCGUUGGUCAAGAAUAUUUUAACAAAAACUGCGAAGCAUGGUGCACUCAUACAGAGUAACAUAAUUGGUAGGCAUCAGGAGACGGUUAAAUUUCAAUUUUAGUCCUUGACCUUUCAAUUGUGAACAUAUUUAGUCCGUAAUUCAUUAAAAUCAAGGUAUCAUGGAUUGGGUCCAAACCCAGUCUAAACCAUAAAAACACAUCCAAGUAACACCAUUAGAUCCAAAAUAGAGAACUUUCUUGCUCGUGGGACAAAAAGGAAACACCGCAAAAUCCUGAGAAAGAGCAUGUCCCAUUCUGGCCAUUUGGCGAACAACACGGACAACCUCCCCGUGUGGAAUCCGCCGUAGAAGAUCCCUGCAAUCCAAAAUAGGAGAACUCAGAGCAUGAGCAUCAGUAGGAUGUGCAAGGAAAACCCAGCAAUUGUUCAUUGGCAUAAAAAUGCUCUUUUGUAUAGAAUAGAAGAGACCUUCAUGCAGCGCAGCGAGCUUUCUUUUGGCCUACAAACGAGAGAAGAUUAUCAAGCACUUCUAUAUAUCAAAAAAUAAAAACAGAUUACCUCAUCAACACCACAAAUGGAGUAGCUACCAUGCUCACUAGGUGUCGAACUUAGCUUCUGGAGCAAAGGCAUUCAUAGCUUUGAGUGCUAGGUUUAAAGUGACAUCCCCACCUUCUAGGAGCAUAACCCCUCAGGCACUUUUUGCAAUUCGAUAAACACCGUACAGCAGAAGGACAUCCCCCACUAGGUGGCUUGAAUUGGCACUCUGUUCAAUGACAGGUAGUGUAGGUAAAUUGAAUAAAUGUAGCGUAGACAAGUUUGUUUGGUUUUAGGGAUAAGAAGCAGAGGGGAGGCAAGUGAGAAUUUUCAUCCAGUUAAAUUAAAUUAAAACAUUGGCCCAACUAAAAGGAAAGGAAAGGAAAGGGAAUGAUAAAAAUAAGGGAAGGAAAUGAAAGGACUAUGUGAUUUUUUGUUUGGCUAACCAAUAUAAAGGAAAGGGAAGGAUUAACUUAGUUUCAAUUUGACAUCUUUAUCCUUUUAUAACUUUAAUAAACAACUAGUUUUUACAUAACAUGAUACACACUACACAAAAUUAAAUUUCAAAUCUUCAAGAAAACUGUACAAAAAUCCAAACAACAAAACAAAUCAACAGAACAAUACUACAUUCAAAAAAUAAUCGUAAAUCAGGUAAAUAGCAGACAAAAGAGGAACCUGGAGGGUUUGCCUGCUCUAGAGUUUGCAUUUCGUUGUUGAUAGUAGACACUGCAAAAGGAAAAAAAACCAAGUAUGUUGAUUUCUCUCAUCAAUGCUCUGAUAUGCUGAAUUAUGAAAAUGAGAAGACAGAAAAGAUUUAAAUAAUAAAUCAGAAGGGAUAUUAUUAGGGAAAAAAAAUACUCAUCAAUGCCCACCUUAUACCUACCAAUUCCUCCCCCCUAACCAUUCUCUAACACAAAGUCAUGGGCUGUCACACCAUUCCUUAAAUGGAUUGCUACAUCCUUUUGCUCUCCUUUUGAACCAAGUAAAAAGACUUCAUUUGC